AUGGUGAGGAAACUGCGGGACAUGGGGGCCACCGAGGUGAUCCAACACGGAGCCAGCAUCGCCGAAGCCCAGCGUCACAUCGAGACGGUCCUGUUGCCGUCGGACCCCACGGGUGUGUUCGUGCCGCCCUUCGACCACCCGGACGUGUGGGAAGGCAACUCGACCGUCAUGAGCGAGAUCGCCUUGCAGUUGGGGGGUCACAGACCGGACGUCGUCGUGUGCAGCGUCGGCGGCGGUGGUUUGCUCAACGGCAUCGUGCAGGUUCUGGACCAGAACCGCUGGCAGGACGACGUGCAGGUCCUGGCCAUGGAGACCGAGGGGGCCGAUUCCCUCAACCGGUCACUCAGGGCCGGGCGGCUGGUGACGCUGCCUCGCAUCACUUCCCAAGCCACGAGUUUGGGGGUCGUCAGGGUUUCGGAAAAAGCGUUCGAGUACGCGUCGAGGCGACCCAACGUCACCAGCCUGGUGCUCCCCGACACGGAAGCCGCCAGGGGUUGCUGUCUGCUGGCCGAACACGAAAGGAUGAUGGUCGAACUCACCGUUGGGGUCAACGUCCCUUUAUGUUACGAUGGCCUUCUACAAAAAGUCCUCGGACGCAAAAAGACCCUGGACAGAUCCAGCAAAGUGGUCAUCGUCGUCUGUGGCGGCAAUGACAUUUCCGUCGAGAUGCUGAUGAACUGGUAUAACGACAACACCUUGCUGAACGAUAAAAACACAGAGUCAAUCAUUUCUACUGCUGUCGGUGCUGCAGCACCACCACCAACAUCGUCGACAAAGGUCGCCGCGUGA